AUGUCGUACGGAAGUUUGCCGGUGCUUUUGGAGUCCGACAUCUCAGUGUUUACCUUCAAUGUUGGUCAAGUUAGGUUGUGCUGUGAGUGUGGACUAAUUAAAGAAGAGUAUUCUGAUGAAGAACUUGGUCUCUGCAUAAUUGUUCUGAGUACCUUCAUUCACCGAGAACCAUCACUAGCAGCACCAUUUCUGCCCGAUAUUCUGAAUGCAGUUACAAAAGUUGCUCUCAAAGCUAUGUACCCUUGGCAAAGUGAAACAAAUAUGCAUUUACCAGGUGGUGCUGUUAGCGUAGCGCACCAGUUUCUACGUUGUGUACUCCACCAGUUGGCACCCAAUGGCAUUUUUCUUCAAAUGUUUCAGACACGUAUUAAUGUAUCUACAAGGAUGCAAUUUUUUAAAAGUGUUGCUCAAGCACUAACAGAUUUUAACGAGCUAAAUCCUAUUGCUCCGCUGCAGCUAUUACUUGAGACCCUCAAUACGAAGAAAUCAAUACCUUUGGGCAGAUUAUCAACAAUAUUACAUAAUAUAGCAUGCUAUCUAGACUGUUUGCCUUUGGAAGCUGGCUUGGGACCUGGUACAAUUACAUGGAGUGGACUAUUAUCUCAAUUUGAAGGAUUUUUCCGGAAAUUAGUUCUCUUAUUAUCAUCAAUCGAAGACAUCACACCGGCGCUUAGAAUCAUGAUAUCUAUUCUUAAAGUCCCAGGAAUACAACAGUCAAAGGGCCUUUUGGAUCCAUUUUCGAAGAUUCUGAGUCACGCCAUACAAAACUGCUCACUGAAGUUCAGUUUUUUAAUUGAUUUAUGCCACCUUUGUCAUAGAGGAUUUGCACGAGAACGAGAUAAACAUUUCAUGGGAAGAACCAUUGUGUUUGAAUUAAUUCAGGCCAUAAAGUUUAAGACAACAUUACCAGACAGAAAUUUUUUGCUUUUACUUCACUUCGUCCUUCAGGAUGUUGGAGGCACUCUACCUAAUAAUUCUGCUUUAAAGGAAGUAUCAACUGAUACAUAUUUAAUUUUUAAUUCCAAUGCCUCGGAAUCAUUGAAAACACAAAUCUCUGAAGUGCUUGAUUUCUUAGCAGACUUCCACACCUUAAGUAAAGUGAAGAGUUACAACAAGGGCUGCAAGCCAGGACUAAAUGAAGAUACAUUGGGUGGUUUGCUCAAAAGCGGCCUAGCACAGUAUCUAGCACUAGAAAUAACUAGAGGAAACAACAGAGAAAAUAGAGCUGUGUCUAGAUUUUUACCAUGGUUGUAUAACGCGCCAUCUCUAGUUCAACUGGGGAUUCGAGAGUAUGCGGAUUGCAUUAAUCACAUUCGACUAUUGACAUGGUUACUGCUUGGAUCUUUGAUUCAUAGUGUUACGUAUGCGGCUAAUAAUAACCUUCAAGCACAUGGACACACUACGGCAAGUGCACAGCCAAUACCUCUGGAAGGGUCUUGUUAUAUAGCCGAUCACAUUCAAAUUAUAUUUAGCGGAUAUCCUGAACAUUCCAGGACAAGCGUUCAGCAUAUAUCAGCUCUUUUCCAAGCAAUUAUAUUAUGUCAGUUAUGGACGGUCUACUUAGAAGAAAUGGUCAAAAAUAACUCAUCUGGUACUGAACAUAGUAAUUCUGCAAUGAAUAUACUUCUAGAAUUUUGGGUUAAAGUGACUCCUUGCCUUCUACAUCUAAUGUCUCAUUCCAAACAGUUAACUCAUGAGACCAGCCGAACUUGGAGGGCCCGAGUUCCUGCCAGAAUUAAGCUGGCAGAACUGGUGAACCUGCACUUUCUCAAUUUGCUUGAGAUUUUUUUGGAUCGUGGAUCAAUUCUUUUAAAUAAAUUAAUGCCAAUGUGGAUUCCUAUUCUACGUUUUCAUCAGAAUCAGUAUCCUGGACAUCUUCUUAUGCGAUUAAAAAGUCACCAUAACUAUUUGUCACACUCAACAAUGGAUUUCUUCACAUCCAGUCGUCAAGAAGCGAAUAAAAAACUGUUGCGGUGGCUGCAACGGUUACAAUUCAAGAUGGGACAAAUAGAAAUGCAAUCUUCAAACAUCACACAAUUUUAUUCCAUUUAAGGGUUCUAUUAGAUAUAUAGGAGGAUAAGAAUUCUAUUGUCGUAUAUGAUUAGAAGAAUGUCGCUUUUUCAUUUUAGGAUGCAUCAAGGGUUAUUUAUAUGCCUAUGAAUUUCUUAAUAGAUAUGUCAUUUUCACCCAAACAUUUAAAAUAAAUUUUAAAACAUAGCGUCAGUGUAAGAUACAUUAUCCGUUUAUACUGAGGAUAAGGUAUAGUUCAAUCAUAAAGAUUGCAAUUGAUAGAAUUCUGAAUUUUAAAUUAUAAAGGUUGUAAGUUUUAUGCAAUUUA